AUGGCCAUUCUCGACAUCCUCGACAAGUUCAUGUUCCAUAGCCGAUUCAAGCUGCGCAUCCACAUCCUCACCGGCAUCCUGGUCAUCAUCGUCAUCGGUCUCUCAGUACCACGAGUGUUCAUGAAAAACCAGCCACGAACACGGGCCGGCACGAUCGCCCUAGGCAUGGUAUGGGCUUCGCCGGCUCUGCACGAAAGCGAGAUACUAACAACCGCCAGGGUGCCAAAUCACUCAUCCUACUCAUGUACAUGCUCGCCACGGAGCACGUCUCCAAGCUGCGUAGAUGGCGCAGCUACAAAGCAAAUGUUAUCAUCAGCUGUCGGAGAUCGUCUUCUGGGGCGCCGUCGCCUUCCGCGUAAUGCAGGCCAACCUGUCCCGCUGCGAUGGCGUGAUAUGCUAUCUGAGCUGGGUCGUCGUUGGACUCGCCGUUAUCAUCAAGUGUGUCUUCCCCUCCCUUAUAUCCUCCCUUCCUCCGUAUCAACCCCCUCGCCACAUCUCUUCACACACCUGCUACACGCAGCUGCUAACCCAACCCCAACCAGCUCGAACUCUACGCCUUGGCCAUUGCAAUCCGCGAACUCCGCGACUCGCGCAAAUCGCGCAAUGGGGAACCGCUCUCUUCGGUCCUCAAUCGCGGCACUAAUGAGGAGGUGAUGGUGCAGCAGGGUCUGCAGCAGCCCGAUGAUGUGUAUCGUGCUCGUGAGCAGCGCGAGCCGCGGUACCUCGCCCAGGUUGUGAGGGGGAAGCAGUGA